AUGGAUCCAGAUAGUGCUCCUGGUACAGAUGGAUUCUCUAGAGCUCUCUACAAAAACUGUUGGGAGAUAAUUCAAAUGGACCUUAAGGAAGCAAUACAAUUCUACCGGAAAAGAAGGUUUAUUCCAAAAGGACUCAAUUCAAAAUUUUUAACUCUCAUACCUAAAUGUGCAGGAGCAAAGAAAGCAAAUCAGUUCAGGCCAAUAGGAUUAAGCAAUGUUUUGUUCAAAAUAUUCAUUAAAAUCAUUACUACAAGAAUGAAUGAACUUAUGGUGAAGCUAAUAUCUCCAGAACAUGCUGCUUAUAUCAAAGGUAGAAGCAUUCAAGAACAAGGACUUCUAGCUUCGUAG